GACCCAUGCGAGAAAUUGGUGUCACAACAUGCCAAAAUGAUGAGUUAGCCGUUGAAGCGUAACGUUUACACAUGCCUCCACCCCUCCACGCUCUCAUAAAGACGAUAGUAGAAUUAGAAUAUCCCCAAAACCCCUCGUUCACACUCUAACCUGCACUUAACAAUGGCGGAUGAAUUCUCAUUCACAGACAGUGAUGACGAAAGGGCAGUUGAAGAUGUUCUCUCACAAGCAAUGGAUCACUCUGUUCUAGAACAAAUCGCAGCCAUCAAUUGCUCUUCUUUCUCCACCUCCGAUAACCUCCCUUCCAACCUUGAAACCAGAUUCCGAAAACUUAAAUCCCUUCCUCCCACUACCACCAUCACCGCCUCCGCCACUGCCGGUUCUCGAUUUCCUCCCUCUAAGUCUAAAUCCCUUGGGCCUCGACCCGGUGACGAUUCUAAUGUAGAAGAACCAAAUCGUGACUUUUGCAGUUUCGUUGAUUUAAAGCAAAUUCCAGAUGCGAAGAAGAGUCCGGAAUCGUCUCCUUCUACCGAAAAUCAAGAAGAACAUUCCGACGGAAACAUAGAUGAGAAAAAAGGUACGAAAUCGAAUACGAAAUCAAACUCCAAGGCGUGUAAAAAGGAGCGAUCGAAAUCAAAAUCUCGGUCUGAUUCGUGGAGUCUAUCGUCGCCGGAGUCAGAAUCCGAAACUCGGUCUCCUCCACGGCGGAGUAUUGGUUGUUUAUGGUGUUCUCCCAAAAAGGAGAAGAGUGUUCUGAGGAAACAGGGGAAGGAGAACCGACUUUUCUCAUCAUCAUCAUCAUCAUCGUGGGGGAAUGAUGCUGAUUUUCUGAAGACGUUUUCGGUAGAAGAACAGAAGAAGAUCAUGAAAAAGGCAAUGAAAGAGGAAGAGAAGAUCAACAGAGAAGCUGAGAAGAUCGUGAAGUGGGCUAAACAAGCAUCUGCAAGAAUGAUGGAUGUUUCUGGUCUUGAUGAUGAGCUCAGUGACUUUGAAAUCACUAUAACCGACACUAAGAAAGAUUAUUACAUAUUGUCGAUAGCUCGAUUCAAUAAUAUACACUGAAGGCUUCUUUCCACGCGCCUCUGAAGCUCAUGAUCUCAACCAUUGUUGGAUAGGUCCAUAUGAAUGUAAUACUUUUGUUUCCGUUCAAGAACAAUUCUUAGGUCGUGUCUUAGGAAAUUGGUCUCAUAUUAUCAAGAAACUUUUGAAGUGAUUCUUCUUUGGAGGUGUUAUUGUGUUUGAAUUACACUAAGAGAUUUAUUUUACUUUGACAUGUACCCAACUAUUGUACAACCAACCUUCAACUUUGAGCUAUUUAGGUAGGUUAAUACUUUACCAAUUGUAUCAUAUACAAUUCUUGGAUCUUUAUUGGACACCUUAUGUAUAACCUAGUCCUGUGAUAACCUUCAUAAGGGCAUAAGAUUGGGAUCAAUAAACCUACUUGAUUGGAAGCACAAACGAAUAGAGCUUCGACAGAGAAAUAUACCUUCAAGAAAGAAGAAACACAUGUAGUAAUCGGAUCCCUGUAGAAAAACCCAUUUUGGAAAAGUUAGUAAGCAACCAACGCCAAGAUUGCUAGUCGAGGUCCGAUUACGUGAAAAUGACAAAGCCUCGAUAAACUCGAAGAAGAUCCGAUCAGGCAUUGUACGUUCUAUUCCAAGUAAACCCUUUGUUAUAAAUACAAGAG